CGUUCCACGGUCUUAGGUUAGGUUCGAAAAAUCGUAACUACACAUUGAGUAAUAGACGGAUACGGCGCGGGCUCUUGUGCAUGUAAAGCCGCGUACACGCUUGUAACAUUUGCGCUUAACGUUACCUAACGUGCCCUUCGCACUUACUUGUCUGGUUGUCUGUGCACAGCACCAUCGAUCACGGUGAUUCGUGCCGUACUUUUAACGUUUCCCCUGAUUUUUGUCGUUUCCGAUAUAAACCCGCCUGUACGUAUUAUAUAAACGUGGUAACUGGUUGCAGUUCACCGACCGGUCACUGACUACUUUCAUCCCGUCGUCACUCAGUCGUUGCUCUCUCAAAGUUCGAAUUUCGUUACCCUGUGCUGAUACGUCCUUUACCUAACUCGAAGAUGGAGUUUAAAUGGAUGUUGCUGUGCUUGUCCCUACUAGCCGUGUCCAUAGGUGUCGUGAAGGCUGAAGACGAAAUCGACGCAGACGAAGAGAUGAUUGUUAGCGAGGACCAAGGAUUAGUCGAGACAGAGGGUGAUGAGUCUACAAUCGAAGACUUAGAGCCGACAGAUGCUGACACGUAUUUGCUGUUCACCAAACCAGUGUUCGAGGAAAAAGCCAGCAUUGAAUUACCAGCUGGUCGCUUGUCUGAAUUUCUUGUGGGAUUUACCAAUAAAGGAUCUAAUGAUUUAGUUUUGGAAACUUUGGAUGCUUCACUUCGCUACCCCAUGGAUUUCAAUUUCCACAUUCAAAAUUUCACCACCGUCUUGUUAGAGAAAACCAUUCCACCAGGAUCCCAGGCUACUCUUGGCUAUGCCUUUAUCCCAGCUGAUGCAUUUGCUGGACGUCCAUUUGGACUUAGCAUCAAUCUUGCUUAUAGAGACUAUGAAGGAAAACAAAUGAUUAGUAAAUUAUACAACGAUACUGUUAACAUCAUUGAAGUUGAAGAAGGUUUGGAUGGUGAAACUCUGUUUUUGUAUGUCUUAAUGGCUGCUGCGUGUGUUCUUCUUUUGGUCGGUGGACAACAUUUUCUAUACUCAGUUGGCAAUAAACGCGUUGGUGGUGGUGGUCUGCCAAGUCGCACUAGAGCAAAUUUGGAAACUGGAACAAAAACUAGCAAACAAAUUGAUAUGGACUGGGUUCCUAAGAAUGUUCUCAAUCACCUAAAUAAACAAAAGGCACAAAGUCCGAAGCAAAAACGCGUGAAGAAAAUAGAUUAAUUGAGCA